GCUAACAUGGUGAAACCCCAUCUCUACUAAAAAUACAAAAAAUUAGCCGGGCGUGGUGGCGGGGCGCCUGUAGUCCCAGCUACUUGGGAGGCUGAGGCAGGGGAAUGGCAUGAACCCGGGAGUUGGAGCUUGCAGUGAGCUGAGAUUGUGCCACUGCACUCCAGCCUGGGUGACAGAGCAAGACUCUGUCUCAAAAAAAAAAGAAAAAAGAAAAAGAAAGAAUGAAAAUAAACAAGGGAGAAAAAAGCAAGAGAAUAGAAAAUGGAUUUUUAAAACAGUAUCAGGGGAAAACAGCAAUGUUCAUAGAUAGCAGCUUCAUUCAUAAUAGCUCAAAACUGGACACAACCCAAAUGACCAUCAACAGAAGACUAAUGAAUAACAAAUUAUGGUAUAUCUAUACAAUGGAAUGCUAUCUUGGAUAAAUGUCUAUUCAAGUCCUUUGCCCAUUUUUAAACUGGGCGGUUUGGUUUUUGUUGUUGUUAAGUCGGCAAAUGUGUUUUUGAUCUAGAUUGAGAAAUCCUUACCCGGAGACUCUGAAGCAGUUAGCAGCCACAGUAACGGCUGCAUGACUGAACUCUGACUAUGCCACAGCCUUCCAAGUAAAUGUCGCUUAAUACUCACAACAACCACACAGUUCCCCACAAAGGAAAUGAAUUUGGAGAUGGCCAGCAGCUCCAUGUCACACAGCAAUGACACUGACAUAAAUGGCUCUUGAGGGCAAGGACUGGCAGGGCCUGGCUACAGAUAUGGGGACUCACGUUGAGGUGGCACUGCUCACCUGGAGCAGCACACUGGAGUCACCUGGGACCAGCCUCCUAGAAGUCCAGAUGCGCCUGCCUGCCAGAAAUUCUGAGCUCCGAGAUUUUUCAAAACUCCUAAGUCCAGCGGUUUUCAGCAACGGCGGGCACAUUAGCAUGACCCCAGGGCCCUGAAAAAGCCGGUUGGCCCAGGCUGCCCUCGCCCAGACCAAUUCAUCAGAACCUCUUGGGGCGGGGCGGGGCUGGGAGGGGGAGCGGCAGCCGUGGUAUCAAUAUUUUUGAAAACUGCCUGAAUAACUCCAACGCCCAAGCAAGUCAAGGACCCCCACGGAUUCAACACCGCGACCAGAUUGGAAAAGGUGUAAGUUGGUGCUGCUUGUUCGCGUCCCUGUUUGAUUGGUAAGCAGGUGGGAAGGGCGCUGGGUGCCAGCGGGAGGCGGCUCCAGCCUACACCGCAGGAUGCAGGGCGGGGUCCGCACAUCCUCGGCGGGGCGCGGGGGUUGGGGAGCUGUGGCCUCCCGUACUCGCCGCGCGCCUUCCGCGCCCCCGGGCUCGGGUCUGGAGGAGUGGGCUCCGGCCCCGCGCCCCCCGCCCCUUUCUAAAGUAAACACCGAGGAGCGGCGGUGGCAGGACCGGUGCAACCCAGCACCGCCCACGGCCGCCGCUCGCUGCCUGCCUCGGUGCUGCAGGUCCGGGGCCGAGCCAUGGCGGAGGGGGUGCCUGCCUCGCCGUCCAGCGGCGGGGGUAGCCGGGGCCCACACAGCGGCGUCAUCCAGUGGUUGGUCGACAACUUCUGCAUUUGCAAAGGGUGCAGCCUCCCUCGCUGUCUCAUGUAUGAGAUUUACGUGGAGACUUGUGGGCAAAACACUGAGAACCAAGUCAACCCAGCCACCUUUGGGAAGCUUGUGAGAUUGGUUUUACUGGACCUUGGCACUUGGAGGCUGGGCACUAGAGGAAGCGCCAGGUAUCAUUAUGAUGGAAUCUGUAUCAAGAAAAGCUCUUUCUUCUAUGCCCAGUAUUGCUACCUGAUAGGUGAAAAAAGGUAUCACAGUGGAGAUGCCAUUGCCUUUGAAAAAUCUACUAAUUAUAACAGCAUUAUCCAACAAGAAGCAACAUGUGAAGAUCAUUCACCAAUGAAGACAGACCCAGUUGGAUCCCCUUUGUCUGAAUUCGGGAGAUGUCCAUUUUUGGAGCAAGAACUGGCAAAGAAAUACUCCUGUAAUAUGAUGGCCUUCCUUGCUGACGAAUACUGCAACUUUUGUCGAGACAUUUUACGAAAUGUGAGGAACCAAGAACUUGAGAGGGUGGAGGACUUGCUUACUUCCUUCUGGAAGUCUCUGCAGCAAGACACAAUCAUGCUGAUGUCAUUGCCUGAUGUGUGCCAGCUCUUUAAAUGCUACGAUGUCCAGCUGUACAAGGGAAUUGAGGAUGUUCUCCUUCAUGACUUCUUGGAAGAUGUUUCUAUUCAGUACCUGAAAUCUGUGCGGUUAUUUAGUAAGAAAUUUAAGCUGUGGCUUCUUAGUGCUUUGGAAGGUGUCCUGGCCCUCUUGCAGAUCUCCAAACUCAAAGAAGUUACUCUAUUUGUCAAAAGACUAAGAAGAAAGACGUACCUUUCCAACAUGGCUAAGACUAUGCGAAUGGUAUUGAAAAGUAAGAGGCGUGUCAGCGUUUUGAAGUCAGAUCUGCAGGCCAUCAUCAAUCAAGGCACUUUGGCUACUUCUAAGAAAGCCCUGGCAAGUGACCGGAGUGGUGCAGAUGAACUGGAGAACAACCCAGAGAUGAAAUGUUUAAGAAACCUAAUUUCUUUGCUGGGAACAUCAACAGAUCUCAGGGUAUUCCUCAGCUGUCUGUCUUCACAUCUGCAAGCAUUUGUGUUCCAGCCAAGCAGAAGCAAAGAAGAGUUUAUCAAAUUAGCCGCCAGCUUCCAGCUGAGAUGGAAUCUUCUUCUCACUGCUGUGAGCAAAGCCAUGACCCUCUGCCACGGAGAUAGUUUUGGCUCCUGGCAUCUGUUUCACUUGCUGCUUUUAGAAUACGUAAUUCAUAUACUUCAGUCAUGCCUAGAGGAGGAAGAGGAGGAGGAGGACAUGGGGAAUGUCAAGGAAAUGCUACCAGAUGACCCGACUCUCAGCCAGCCAGAUCAGGCACUUUCCCACCCUCUGAAUUCCUCACUGUCGCAGGCGUGUGCCAGCCCCAGCGUGGAGCUACUGGGGGUGAUGCUGACACACAUGGGCCAUGGCCGAUAUCCCGUGGGUGUGAGCAACAUGGUCCUCAGGAUCCUGGGCUUCUUGGUGGACACUGCCACGGGCGAUAAGCUCAUCCACGUGCUGUUGGAAGAUGAAACCACCGAAAGCGCAGUUAAACUCAGCCUUCCUAUGGGACAAGAAGCCCUCAUAACCCUAAAAGACGGACAACAAUUUGUGAUUCAGAUAUCAGAUGUACCCCAAAGCUCUGAAGAUAUUUAUUUCAGAGAAAGCAAUGCUAAAGUGUGAGAUUAUUUAUUUGAAUAGAGAAUAAGAAAACUGAUAGACUUGCAUUCUUAAAAAUAUUAAAUCCUAAAGUUUUUCUAUUGAUAAAAGACGAUGUUAUGUAUAUAAUAGAUGUAGCAUUGUCUAUUUUAUGUUUAUAUGUAUUUCAAGGAGGUGGUUUUGAUAAAAUAUAUAAACUGAUUUGGAGAAUAA